CAAGUAUCAUUUGCCCAAAUAAAUAUCAAUUUUGUGUAAAUUAAAUUCGUGAGGACAAUAACAAUAAUCUGAGUCCUGGCAGAACUUUACGAAACUUUGUAAGUAAACAAUUAUAAGUUGCGCCACUCAGCAACACUGUUGCUUUGAACUCGUGACUCUCAGUGGCACUGCGCUACUUUGUGCUACUGCGCUACACUGUACCUCCGUACUGCGCUGUCCAGUAACGAAUUACUUUUGAACAUAUUAGUUAGAACCUUAUUAUAAGGUUAAUUAACCGGAGUGACAGGCUGGUGCUACUGAGUACCUCCACCUAGGAUGUAGUUCUGGAACUUCGUUUGGUUUGCUUGUUAUAAAGUUUUUGUAACUUUAUAAUUGGCAGACGAGAACAUUUGUUUUGUACUUUGUAAUGUUACUUUUUAACGCUAAACAUUGUUUUUUCAAUUCAGUCUUUGCUUUUUUUAAUUAAAUGUAUGUCAGAAAAAUAAUUUAAAAGCUGCGAAUAAGCAGGAUAUCAAAAACUCGGAUGUCGGAUUCAAUUUGGUGCAUUCUGUAUACUAACUAUAUAAGUGUUUUCAAUUGAUUCGUGGAAUAUCUCAAGUAUUAAUAAAAUGAAAGAGUAAAAUAGGAAAGUGAACUAGCUAAAACUUCGUCUUUAGAGUAGCACCGAGCCGAGUAGCAUCAGAAGUUCAUAGUUCGAAUUCUUAAAACUCAAGUUAAUCGUGAGAGCUAAAGUAAAUUAAACGUAAAUAAAAAAUAAUACUCCUCAGAAAUGUAAUAAUAAUUAAAAUGCCACAUAUCAUCACAGCACCACUUUGCAAACUCCUGGCUCAAAUAAAUGAAAAACUGAAAAUCUAUAAGAAUUUAUCUCUUGUUUACAGAACGGCACUCUCGUCCCCCAAGAUGGCGCACAUCAAGCUGGUGGUGGCAUCGGCCCUGCUGAUGCUGUCCCUGGCCGCUGCGACGCCCAAGCACCGAAAGCGUGAAGCUCCGCUGAGCUCCUCGUACCUGCCACCUUCACACGGAGGCGGUGGCCACGGCGGUGGCGGCGGCGGCGGUGGAUACAGCAGCGGCGGCGGAGGAGGGUACAGCAGUGGAGGCGGGGGUGGAUACAGCGGGGGCGGCGGUCACGGAGGUGGGGGCGGUGGAUACAGCGGGGGCGGCGGCCACGGAGGCAGCGGUGGCGGCGGACACGGCGGCAGCGGCGGCGGUGGCCACGGGAGCGGCGGCCACGGAGGUGGCGGCGGCGGCGGUGGCUACCCAAGUGCCGGACCAUCCACCAGUUACGGGCCCCCUAAACCUAGCUAUGGGCCACCCCCUAAACCCAGCUAUGGACCUCCAAAGCCCAGUUACGGACCACCCAAACCUAGCUACGGUCCACCCAAACCUAGCUACGGACCACCUAAGCCCAGCUACGGUCCUCCCAAACCAAGCUACGGACCACCGAAACCGUCCAACAGCUAUGGACCUCCUCCAUCCAAGCCUUCCAGCUCUUAUGGAGCCCCGGCUAGACCUCCAGCGACCAGCUACGGCGUCCCAACUGGACCAUCAACUACUUAUGGUGCACCUAAACCAUCGAAGCCAUCCAGCUCGUACGGCGCUCCCUCCAGCUCGUACGGCGCUCCCUCCAGCUCGUACGGCGCCCCAGCUGCGGCACCAUCCAGCUCUUACGGAGCACCUUCAGCAGGUCCCUCCAGCUCGUACGGCGCUCCUUCUCCUCCGUCCUCGUCUUACGGCGCCCCAUCCUCCGCCCCCUCCAGCUCGUACGGAGCUCCUUCUCCACCAUCCAGCUCCUAUGGCGCUCCGGCGUCCCCUCCAUCCUCGUCUUACGGAGCUCCCGCCGCAGUACCAUCCUCAUCAUACGGCGCUCCGUCAUCUGGUGGUAGCAGCGGUGGAUUCAGUAGCAGCGGUUUCGGUAGCAGUGGCUUUGGAAGCAGCGGUUCAGGAGGCAGUAGCUUCGGUUCUAGCGGUCCAUCAUCGAGCUACGGUGCUCCGGCUAGCCCGCCAUCCAGCUCUUAUGGAGCGCCAGCCAGCCCCCCAUCCAGCUCCUACGGUGCCCCCGCCAGCCCGCCUUCCAGCUCGUACGGCGCACCUACAUCAACCAGUUACGGCGCUCCUAGCAGCGGCGGCGGCGGCGGUAGCGGCGGAUACUCAUCAGGCGGCGGUGGACAUUCUGGCGGCCACUCUGGAGGCAGCGGCGGCGGCGGCGGUGGUUACUCCUCCGGUGGUAGCGGCGGCUACUCUUCAGGUGGAAGCGGCGGCGGGUACUCGUCCGGCGGCAGCGGUGGCGGAUACUCCUCCGGCGGUGGGCACUCCUCGGGAGGCGGCGGUGGCGGCUACUCGUCUGGCGGCGGCGGCGGUGGAGGCUACUCGUCGGGAGGCUCCGACAGCUACUCGUCCGGCGGCUCGGGCGGCCACGGCGGCGGAGUGCCGCCCACCAUCAGCCAGAGCUACGACUCCAACGGUGGCUACGUGUACUAAGUCCUGUAGGCUCCUAGCGUCCUAGUACUAAUAUACGAUAGUCAAUUAUUUAGGUGUCACAGAUUGUUCAGUAUUGGCGGUACUAAUUUCAACCUCAUGAGUCUCUACUUUUUGUAUUUAUGUUCGGUUUUCACCAAUCCUUGCCUGCAUUAGUAGCUACUUUCAGAAAGUUGCGAACUACAUGAAAUCCUUUACCGACCCUGUAUUAAUAUAGAAGUCGAGGCCGAGUCUGGCGUCAUUAUGAAUGUUACCAUGUUACCAAAUAACUCGAAGUAUCCUGUUCAGCAGCGCGCUGAUGUAAGAAUAGUGAACAAAUGAUGUCGACGUCCUGUGACGAGUAUCGUCCGUCGCCCUCUGCUUACCACGUAAGCGACGCUUGAAAGUAUUACCUUAAUUUAAUUAUGAUUAAUAAAUUGUACAAAAUUUAGUUUAAGUACUAAGUAACUAUACUUUUUGUAAAAAUAAAAAAAAAUGUAAAUAG